UCCUACAACAAGACUGUUCACAAGACUGUUCACAAGACUAUUUGCAUUAGAUAGGUAACCGACGUCGCGAUUCAUAAGGCGACCCGCGGUAUAUUCUCAAAAUAGACUUCGAGCCGUGCUAGCACUUAUAUCUCCUCGCGUUGACUUCCCAGAGUUGAACCCUGCCAGUGCCAAUCCCGUGAACUCGGAGUGAAGACCAAUUUUACUUUCUACUCAUAUGAAGAUAGUUCUAAGUAAAUCUCGUCCAACAUGGUGACGCAGACUACCACCCAGACGCAGGAUGACAGCAUUCAGCUCUCUCCGGAUAAGUCCAAGCGUAUCUCGCCCGAAGCCCUGUGCCAUGUCGUCCUGCGCACGACGCCAGACAACUUCGAAGGCAUGGUAGAGUUCUACCUCACGAUACUCGGAGGGCGGGUCUCGCACCGAUCCCACCGCCUGUGUUUCAUGACAUACGACUACGAGCACCACCGCAUCGCCAUCGUCAAGGACCCAACGGCGACCCCGCGCAAAGCCGGCGCCCCGCAGGUCGGUCUGCACCACGUGGCGUUCGGGUUCGAGACGCUGCAAGACCUGGUCACGUCGUACGAGGAGAAGAAGGCGGCUGGGAUCCUCCCGGUCUGGUCCGUCAAUCACGGCAUGAGCACCAGCAUGUACUACGAGGACUUGGACGGCAACCAGCUUGAGUUCCAGGUGGAUAAUUAUGAUACGGUGCGCGAGGCCGUGGAGUUCAUGGCGUCUCCUGAGUUCGAGGAGAACCCCGUUGGAGUCGACUUCGACCCGGAGGUCUUCGUUAAGAGGGUUAGGAGCGGGGAGGACGAUAAGAGCAUUAAGGCUAGGCCGAAUAUUGGCCCGAGGGAUAGGAAGUAGGGUAGGUUUUAAUGGCGUUGGGAUUAAUGUGUUGGUCACUGCAAUGAUGCACGAGAUAAUCCUACAAUGAUAAGGGGUUUCUGUAUAAUAUAUAAUACGGAAGGGUUCAUCAAUAGUUUUUCGGAAUCAUUUUUAUAUGGCAGAGCGUCUCUCUGAUGGCCGAAAACAUCUAUGACAUGGUAG